CCUGGUUACAGAGGACAAGCCUACAUGGCAAGGUUGCCUCGGCUUAGCGGUGGGUAACCCUUGGAGCAGAUGGCAGCGAGCUUUGGGAUUUCAAAAGCGGGUACCCACAAUUAUUUGUUGCAAGAUGACUGCUCAACACGGUGGGGAGAGAAAGGAACUAACAAGAUGGACCUCGCCAGCAAACAUUUCCCCUAGUGCUACAUUGGAUAUUUCUUUGAAAUUCCUGGAAAUGAUGAGAGUUCAACUCAGGAGCGAUGCUAUCUGCACACUUUGCCUGGUGGUAGCUCUUUUCACCAUGUUCUAUUCCCAGCUGGGCCACACGUCCCACAGAGAAGAAAAAGCAGAAGGUGUGAAGAAGACAUCAACCGCAACUCACAGGGUUUUCCAAGUUCCUGUUUUCCAGAAAGAGUCAAAUGUCGAGAUUCACACAUCGGAGCCUAGAAUUAUCUCACCUAUGAAAGAUGCCACGUUGGAAAGCCAGGAAGACCAAGUCACCCAUCCGGCCCUCCCGACUCACUCCACCUUUGAUUUUAGACUUUACCUAAGGAACAAGGACAACAGGAAAUUCAACCUUCUCAUUAAUCAGCCGAAGAAGUGCAUGAGAAGCUCAGAGAGGCCUUUUUUGCUCGUCGCCGUAAAAUCGCUGGUCGAGGAGUUCGACCACCGUGAGAUUGUACGCAAAACAUGGGGGAGAGAAGGUCUGGUGAAUGGGAUGCAGGUCCAAAGAGUUUUCCUCCUAGGAGUUCCAAAGAACAAGACGACGCUGCCAACUUGGGAAAUUCUGAUCCGUCAAGAGAGCCAAUUGUACCGGGACAUUUUAUUGUGGGACUUUCUGGAUACUUUCUUCAACUUGACCUUGAAAGAGAUACAUUUCCUAAGCUGGGCCGAUGAGUUUUGUUCCAGGACCAAGUUCAUAUUCAAAGGAGAUGCUGAUGUUUUCGUCAACAUGGAGAACAUUGUCAACUUCCUGGAAAGCUGCAAUCCUUCCGAGGACCUCUUCGUCGGGGACAUCAUCUACAAUGCACAACCGAUCCGAAUCCGAAAAAGCAAGUACUACAUUCCAAACACAAUGUAUGGGCUAGGUAUGUAUCCAUCCUAUGCCGGGGGUGGUGGGUUCUUGUUAUCCAUCAGCACCUUGAAGAAACUUGCCCAAGCUUGCACCCAAGUGGAACUCUUCCCAAUUGAUGACGUCUUCUUGGGCAUGUGCUUGCAACGGAUCAACCUGAAGCCCGUCUUGCAUGAAGGGUUCAAGACUUUCGGAAUAAUCAAACCUUCUGCAGCUCCCAACCUGCAGACUUUUGAUCCUUGUUUCUACAAAGAUCUCAUGGUGGUCCAUGGUCUGAAGAUAGCUGAAAUCUGGCUAAUGUGGAAUCUCCUCCACAACCCACGGCUCUCUUGCACCCAGAACAAGCAAAUCAGGAAAGCUUUCCGAUGGAAGAAGGCGAUUAAAGACACUGCCAAAAAUUAUGGUGCCUAAGGGCUGGUGGACACUAUAGCUGGGUUUACACAAGGAUGUUGAAUUAUUCGUUUUUUCGGAGUCCACCUGGUACACUCCAGCAGAAACCAUGUUCUAACCCACAAACCAAUAAACCAAGGUUAACUCUAAUCAAGCUUACCAGGUUGCGUGAAGGCAGAUGUUAGGUCUUCAACUGAUCUGGUUCAGUUCUGUUGAAGAUGUUCUUGAGGGUUAUCUAGUGUGGCUUUUUUUAGGGUGAGAUAUUUAAAUGCAACCAUCUUAAUUCAUCUUUUAUAGACAAUGCCAGACAUGAAGUCACCUAGUAAUUCGAACUCCUCGAAGCUAUUCUUCCCCAACUAGUUUUCUUCAUAGGAUGUCCUUCUGGUGACACUUUUAAAGGCAAGACCAUCGUCAGAAAAUGCCCAGAAUUGGAUAUCUGGAAAAUGCACUUGUUUGAUGACAUUUUUUCACCUAUCACACUAGCUGGUUUGUUUUUCAAUGAGCCUGCUGCUACUGUAGAGGUAGUCCUAGACAUAUGGCCACAAUUGAGUCCAAUGUUUGUGUUGCUAAGUGAGAUCGUUGAGUGAGUUUUGCCCCAUUUCACGACUUUCCUUGCCACGGCUGUUAAAUGAAUCACUGCAGUUGGGAAGUUAGUACCACGGCUGUUAAGAGAACCUGGCUUCUUCCCCAUGGACUUGGCUUGCCAGAGGGUCACAAAAAGUGAUCACAUGACCCUGGGACACUGCAACCGUCAUAAAUGUGAGUCAAACUGUCAAAGCAUCUGAAAUUUGAUUCUGCCGUGGUUGUGUGAAAAAUGGUCAUAGGUCAAUUUUUUUCAAUGCCAUUAUAACUUUGAACGGUCAUUAAACGAACUGUUGUAA